AAAAAAAUCAUCAAAACUUUGAGUUUUUGGCGUGAAGCUAAGAUUGUUUUGAUAGCCUGCUUUGGUUUGGUUGGUUUCCGGGCCCAAGCUCUCACCACUGGUUGAGUCACCAUGUUUCGUCUGGCCAGAGGAGAACCGGCCUCCGGGACUGAGUCUGCUUACUUCCAAGUUUAUUUUUUUUAUUUUUCCCAUUUCUGUCACUGAUAGAGUUUUGGUUCAUUACCACUGUGGCCUUUGGCUAGCUUAGUUGGGAACGCUUAGGCCCUGUUUACACCUGGCAUUAUUAAGAUGUGUUUUCAUCGAUCUGAUCACAAGUGGACAACACUAAGUAAGGUCUUAAAGGAGUCUAAAACGUUUUGAGUUUGUCCACUUUCAACCACUUCCAGAGGUAGACUUUUUAAGACCUGCACAAAUGAAAUGAAUACAAUAUAAGCAGAGUAGGGCUUUAUCUAUGGUAUCUUAUUAAACCAGAAAAUGACUGUAAGAAGCAUGAAAAAAAAUAAUAAUAAUAAAAAAAUGUAGGUCUUUAAACCAUUUUUAAGAAAAGGGGUGAGUAAACCGUAUCAAUGAUUUCAAUAAAUACACUUAGUAUCAAUCAAAUAUUACAUUAAUUUAAUUACAUAAAUGUAUCUAAUAUAUGGGUAAAUCUUUGCAUUGGUCUGAACAAAACCAGCAGAAGGGCUUACUGAAAAUGUACAUUCAUUCUCUGCCAGCUUUCAGAACGGCAGAAAUAUAGCAGUUCUCUGAUAAUUGCAGUUCACAAAGCAGCUUUAUUUAAUUAAAUUAAUAGCCUUUUUAAGUUUAAUCAUCACAUUUAAGACUGCUUGAAUUCAUAAUUAAUACUUUCCUGUACCAUUUAAGACUUUUUAUGGCCUAAAAUUGAAUAAGUAAAUGUAAAACUUUAAGGACCCAUGGAGACCCUGCUCCACUGACUGAGCUGAUUCCUAAACAUUACGAUGUUCAUUUCCUAGCCGACAAAAUUAGAAUGUUAAAUUAGAUUUAAAUAAAACUAAAUGUCAUACUAAAAUGCCAUGAAACAUGAAAUGCGUUUCAGUUAUAUAAUUAACAAAAUUACCAAAACAAAACGUUUUAUGGCCACACCACACAAGUUUUAGAAAACCAAGAUGGCCAAAAGUACAUCCUGUUUGUUUUCUUAUGACCAAAAUAAUUUAUUUCUCUUGCUGUGAUCAUGCCGGAGCCUCUUGUGCGCACAACAUAUCUGUUAAAAAGGCCCGCUGUAAACAAGCUUUUAUUUUGAAGUUUUCUGGUGAUCAGCCAGUGUUUUGAAUGUGAUGUCAUCGCAGCAACCUAAAGACACUAUGCUCCGCCCAUUUCCAGCAGGUGGCAAUGAUUAGUGUUUGCUAGAAAUAGCCUGCACCGAGUAGGUGAAAGCAAAUGUACUCGAGGCUUUCUCAAGUGUUGGUGUUGUGUGCGUAUGUUAGAUGAACCAAGUAAGUUUAUUUAUGUACUUCAGCUUUUGAUAGCUGUGACCCUUCUGAAUUUUAGUUGAUACUCAUUGUUUAAGGUACUUUAAAUGCAAUUACUGGUUGUCAUCACACAUUCUUAUGUAGGUUGUUCAUUUAAGUGUAUAUUGCUACCUUCUUUGUAUGAAUUUACCUACUUUAUUGAUUUGUUUAUACUAAUUUGUUGUUAUAUCUUUUGUUAAAGACCACACCCAAAUGGAAACACCAAUGUAAUGUCUGCAACAUUUGUGAAUUGUUGGGAAGAAAAUAAAUGCAUCAAAGACUUAACCUGCAUCUUUAUGUCUCUUACCGGACAUCUGUGGUGAACUAGUCCCCCCACUGGCAACCCCAACUGGUCUAGUUAUACCAGUUUUCUUUAUGGUCCUUCGAGCCGGAACUAGAGUUUUCCACAGUUAUGGAGAUGCAGCCAUCAGAUGAUGUUCCUGUUGAGCGGCCCAGGAGACAAUCAUCUCUGCCUGCACACUUGCAGGAUUAUGACUUGACUGGCUACAGUCUACAAAGAUCCUUAUCACCACCUAGCUAUUCCCAUGAAACCCCCUGUGCUGUGUCACCUGAGGAGGAUGUCAGGAUGGACACCCCACAUGUAGCAGCACAUCACCGUGACUAUCACAGUCCUCAACAGUGGUAUGUAACAGAUCGAUGGGAUCAGCAGGUUGAAACCUUGAGAGAAGAAAAUGCUGAUUUAAGGAGACAACAAAGUGGCCUGAUUACUACAGUUCAGCGGCUCCAGGAGGAAAGAGAUGAUCUUAAGCAGGCCAACGCCAAGUUUACAUCUCAGAUGUCUCAGCUACAAGCGGAGGUGAAACAAUUGUUAAGUUGGCAGAAUCAGUCACAGCCUCCUCAGGCAUUGUCUACCUUUCCUGUACCUUGUCAGUCCGAAGCCCGAGACCGCCCUAAACCAGUUCCAGCCCCUAGAAAGCCAAGAGUAGCUGAACCUGUAGCCAAUUCAAACUAUGCCCAAGCCUCUUACAAUGCAUCGCAAGAUAGUAGUUCAGCAGAAAGUGUGGAGAGCUAUGAGGGUUCAAGCAGUCAAGAAAGUUUGUCCUCUUCUGUUGAGGGCAUGAGAAAUCUGUCCCUGAGCUCAUCCAGGAAGAAGAAUGUUAAUACCAGUCCAGCAAUUGUUAGACAAAUUUGUCAGAGAAAGAGUGGAGGAACUCAAGCCGAGAAUGUAAGAAGUUAUGUUCGCUCUGGACCUCCACAAUCUUCUUCCAGAUGGCACAGCUUGUCUUCUAGGAGCAAGAGACGGCACCACCACUCUCUGAGUCCAACUACUGACCAGGAAAGAGUAUAUCGUGGCCCUACUCCUACAAUUCCUGACCUGAUUUACCCAAACCCCAGAGAGUUUGCACGGCUUAAGAUUGCUUUAGAAAACAUUCUACCAGCUGAUGCUACAGAACGCUUUAAAUUCCAUAUCCUGCUAGAACAUCUCAAGGUUGAAGAGGCACAGUUAAUUGCUGAAUCUUACAGUAGUUCACGUCAUCCUUAUACCAACACUAUGGAUGCUCUCAAUAAACAGUAUGGCCAGCCACAUCAGUUAGCAUUACAGCGCAUAGUGGAAUUGAUGGAUGGGCCCAGCAUCAGCACUGGAGAUAUUAAAACUUUUCGAAUGUAUGCUCUGAGGGUGAGAUCCUUGGUGGGAAUGCUGAAACAACUAGGUAAGCCUGGCAUGGUGGAAUUAAGAUGUGGCUCGCAUGUGUCCAGACUUCUGAGUAAGUUGCCACAUGAUCUGCGUAGCAGUUUCAGAAGAUUUAUUUAUCCAUUAGAUGUGAAGAUUCCAACCCUCCUUAACUUAGCAGACUGGUUAGAAUAUGAAAUCCAAGUGCAAGAAGAUUCCACAAGGUAUGUAAGCCGUUCGGGCAGAGGAUACUCAACCAGUUUGCCCAGGGAUAGGUCAAGGAGGUUGACAUCAUUCAACAAGGGCACAGAGGUUCUGCUUAGCACAGAGAAAUACCCUUCAUCACCAUCACAUUCCUCAGCUGUCACUGCUAAGAUCACCAAGGGGAAAGCUUACUGCCCUUAUUGUGAUAACAACAAACACACUUUGAAUAACUGUGUACAUUUCUCUCAACUUUCCAAGUCUCAGAGGCAGAAUUGGAUUAAGGGGCACAACCGAUGCUGGCGCUGUGGACGGGGCCAUAGAUCAUCAGAGUGUAACCUUAAAAUGCGCUGCAAAACAUGCAAUGGAUUUUGCAAUCGUCACUUGCUUGUUCUUCAUGAUGUUAAUAUAUGGAACAAGGAGAAAGUAGUGGAAGCAGAAGAUCCAUCUACUAGCCCUGUCUUGGGGGAGGCUGCAAAUGAGGUGUUAUUCAUUGACAAGCCCCCAGGAAGUCGUAAGGUACUGUUGAAGAUAUGUAAAGUGAUUCUAAGAAAUGGAGAUCGAUCGAUGACCGCUUAUGCCAUUCUGGAUGAUGGCUCCGAAAGAACCAUCUUGUUAAAUACUGCAGCAACCCGGCUGAAACUGGAAGGUAAGCCAGAGGACUUGCCCCUGCGUACUGUCAGACAAGAAUUAAAGGUCCUGCAUGGGGCGGCUGUUUCCUUUAACCUUUCACCAGCCUGCCAGCCAAACAAGAUGUAUCGGAUCAAUGGAGCAUUCACUGCAGCGGAGUUGGGGCUUGGAGUGCACUGUUAUCCUGUCAAGGCUUUACGGAAAAGGUACCGUCAUCUUAAAGGACUUCCCCUCCAAGAAAUUAAAGCUGCUCAUCCAGUUUUGCUCAUAGGAUCUGACUGCCCUCAUUUAAUUACCCCAGUUGAGCCAGUUCGCUUGGGUCCACCAGGGGGUCCUGCUGCAAUUAGAACUCUCCUUGGAUGGACAAUGCAAGGACCAGUUCAAGCAUUACAGCAUCUUCUUCGAGAGCAACAGUGUCUGUUCACAACAAGUUGGUCACCCUCUGCUAUGUUGCAUGAACAAGUUGAAAGACUCUGGCAACUGGAUGUCCUUCCGUGGAGAGAUGAGAGAAUGAGUACUCGAUCUGUACAAGACCAGCAGUCAAUGAAACUACUGGAGCAAAGAACUUCUAGAGUUGAUGUUGAUGGGAUUAAGCGAUAUGCUACCCCACUGCUAAGGGUCCAAAAUAUGCCCCCUCUUUGUGCACCUAAAGAAGCAGUAAUGCCUCAGUUAAGAAGUCUUGAGCGGCGUCUCAGUAAGUCCCCUGAGCAAGCAGCUAUCUACCGGGCUGAGAUUAAAAGACUGGAGCAGGCAGGCUACAUUGCUGAAUUGCAGUCAGGAGCAGAAGACGCUCAAAUAAGUUGGUAUAUCCCACAUCACAUGGUUGAACAUAAUGGGAAACAUCGAGUGGUUUUCAACUGUUCAUUCCAGUUUCAAGGGAACAAUCUCAAUGAAUUGUUACUUCCAGGGCCAACACUGACUUCUUCAUUACUGGCUGUGCUACUAAGAUUCCGGGAGCACUCAAUUGCGAUCUGUAGUGAUAUUAAAGGAAUGUUCCACCAGGUUAGACUCCUUCCAGAGGAUCGGCCCCUUCUCCGUUUCUUAUGGAGAGAUCUGCAAAGAGAAGUGGAGCCUAGAAUCUAUGAAUGGCAAGUUCUACCCUUUGGCACCACUAGUAGCCCAUGUUGUGCUGUCUUUGCCUUGCAGAAGCACAUCCUGGAGAAUAGUCAGCCUGGUGACAAGGUACGUGAUGCUGUACUAAAGGCGUUUUAUGUUGACAACUAUCUGCAAAGUCUGCCUUCUGUAGAUGAAGCAAGGUUCAUGGUAGACCAGCUGCAAAGUGUUUUAGCAGGGGGAGGAUUCGAACUCAGGCAAUGGGCCAGCAAUAUACCCUCAAUCAUUAGUCAUCUACCAGUGGCAUCCAGAUCUGACAGUGCUGAGCAAUGGAUUGCAAAGGGUAAUGCCAUCAACCAUGAAUCAGUGCUUGGACUUCAGUGGAACUGUGAAACUGAUACCUUGUCCUAUAAGCUCCGUGCUGUAGAGUGCCAAGAGGUUACCAUGCGCAACAUCUAUAAAGUGCUUGCUAGCCAAUAUGAUCCUCUCGGUUACAUUAUCCCAUAUACCACACGUGCAAAGGUAAUAGUACAGCGAUUAUGGGAAAAGAAGAGGGACUGGGAUGAUCCUAAACUACCUGAGAACUUAGUCAAUGAGUGGAAAAGAUGGGCAGGAGAGCUCAGUGAUCUACAAAAGAUAGUCUUACCCAGAUGCUAUUGCAGUGCACCAAAGGAUGAUGUUUCAAGCCAGCGUGAGAUCCAUAUCUUUUGUGACGCAUCCGAGAGUGCCUAUGGGUCUGUUGCCUAUCUUCGAACAGUAGAUCAAAGGGGAGAAGUGGAGAUCACCUUCAUAGUGGCCAGAUCAAGAGUGGCUCCUAAGAAACGUCUGUCAAUACCUCGUUUAGAGCUAUGUGCAGCCCUGACAGGGGCCCAGUUAGCAAAGAUCCUGCAGAAUGAAUUGACUUUGCCCAUUCAUCAAGUUUUUCUUUGGUCUGAUUCCACCACAGUUUUGACCUGGAUUAAAUCUGAAUCCUGCCGAUUCAAGGUUUUCGUUGGUACACGAAUAACAGAGAUUCAGGACCUUACCAGCUGCUGGGAAUGGCGCUAUGUGCAUUCAGAAAGUAACCCUGCUGAUGACAUCACUCGAGGUAAAAGGCUGGCAGAACUUGGACCACAAAGCCGUUGGAAUACGGGACCAACAUACCUUCAACUCCCAUCUGAUCAGUGGCCGGUUCCACCGCCAUCCUGUUCCAUAGCUGGUGAUGAAUUGAGAAACUUUACAUUCUGUGGUCUGACUAAUACUGUACUUCGUUUGUCGAUCCCUGAUCCAAGCCAAUUUCUGACCUUCCAAGAUUUAUUGACUGCAGCAGUAGAAUCUCUUGGGGAACAUGGGAUCAAUGUAUCAGCUGAGGACUUUCAACAGGCUGAAAUGGCUAUCCUUCAGCAAGCUCAAGGGGAAAGCUUUCCUUCUGAGAUGGCACAGCUUAUGGCAGGGAAACCACUACAGACCAACAGUCGACUGCUUUGCCUCGCCCCCGAACUUGACGCUGCAAGCAAACUCCUAAGGAUAGGAGGUCGUCUUCGCCGCUGUGAAGAGAUUGAGCCCGAGUCGAUGCAUCCUAUUAUCCUUGAUCCCCGGCAUCCAGUCACUACCCUUCUCAUUAAGGAAUAUGACACGAAGCUAUUCCACCCAGGUCCUGAGAGAAUACUGGCAGAGAUGCGUAGGAAAUAUUGGAUUCUUCGGGGUAGGGAAGCAAUUCGACGUUAUCAGCGCAAAGAUUGUCCAGUGUGUCAGAAGUUUCGCAAAACCCCACAGAUACCCAGGAUGGCAGACCUACCUCCUGCCAGACUACGUCUAUUUAAACCUGCCUUCUAUUCGACUGGCAUUGACUGUUUCGGGCCAUAUUCCGUAAAGAUUGGACGUAAAAGUGAGAAGCGCUGGGGUAUUCUAUUCAAGUGCAUGACUACACGUGCUGUGUAUAUUGAUCUUCUCCCAAGAAUUGACACCGACUCCUUCCUGAUGGCCCUCAGAAGAUUUAUAGCCAGACGUGGGAAACCUUUUGAGGUUUUAUGUGAUCAAGGUACUAAUUUUAAAGGAGGGGAAAGGGAGUUGCAUCAGACAUAUGCUGAACUAGUUCCGGAGCUUCAGGAACAACUUGCCAGUCAGCAGAUUAUCUUUCGAUUCAACCCGCCUCAUGCCCCACAUUUCGGUGGGUGUUGGGAAAGGGAAAUUCGUUCCCUGAAACAGGCUCUACAGGUCACUCUGGGAACUCAACCAAUACCAGAGGAAACCCUUCAAACUGUGCUCAUCGAGAUUGAAGGGAUUCUAAAUUCUAAACCCCUGGGUUAUACAUCAUCCAAUGCCUCCGAUCCAGAUCCUAUUACUCCUAAUUCGCUUCUUAUGGGGCGGCCAGAUCACUUUUGGAAGCGGUUUAUCAAGUUCUAUUUGCCUGGUCUUCAGACUCGCAACAAGUGGCAGCGAGAGUCACCCGAUAUCAAGGUGGAUACUGGUAUCACUGGUAUACCAGUUUUCUUUAAUAUCCCUUAUGAAAAGAUUAACUUGAUUCAUUUCUAAAUGAAUCAGCCGUUUUGAACAUAUUGUUUGAAUGAAUUAAAAUCCCGUAUCGAGACAUAAUAUUUUGUCAGUAUCACACACCUCUAGACUUAGACUUGACUUGUUUUGUUUCAUUAUGAAUCAGAAAAAAAGCUAUACAGACUCAUUUCUGCUCUGUGCCACUAUUAGAAAAAGAUUAAUAUUAUACAGAAAAGUAAACACCAAAAGCAACGAACCUAGCACUGAAUAUACAAGAGAGAUCAGCUGCUGUGACUUUAUGAGUCAAAUGACACAAAAUUGAUGCUCUUUUGCAUCGUGAUAUUUUUGCUUCAGUCAUU